AUGGCAUCGAUAGAGUCAUUGUUGAACCCGGUUCCCAGCCAGGUCCAGUACUCUCUGCCCAGCCCGCCACUGACCACCCUGUCCACGGCGGCAGUGGCCGCUCGGUCUCCCCGGCAGAAGAGACAGAAAGUGGCCAAAGACGCCGCUGUCUUCACCGAGGGAAAGCCUCGCGGGAAGGUCCGCUAUCCCCCUUGCGAAGAGCGCGAUCAGGAGCUGGCCAAGCGCCAUCGCGAAUUCCAAAUCUACCCCAUGGGCAACAUUGCCGAUUACCCCCGCCACAUCCCCUACAACAGCGACAAGAAGACCUUCCUGGAGAAGACCGGGCGUGAGAGCUUCGAAGUAUUCCAAUACACGUUCAAGAUCCCCGGUAACGACAAGGAAUGGCUCAUCAUGUGGGACUACAACAUCGGCCUCGUCCGGACAACACCUCUCUUCCGCUCUCAGAACUACUCCAAGACAACCCCAGCCAAAGUGCUCGACGCAAACCCUGGCCUCCGCGAGAUCUCGCACAGCAUCACCGGCGGAGCCAUCGUAGCCCAAGAUAAACCAGGCUACUGGAUCCCCUUCGAAGCCGCCAAAGCCGUAGCAGCAACCUUCUGCUGGCGCAUCCGCUACGCGCUGACCCCCAUCUUCGGCCUCGACUUCCCGUCGCAGUGCAUCCACCCGCAAGACCGCACCCGCCGCUUCGGGCAAAUGCUCAUCGACCCAGCCAUCGUAAAGACAGCCACCGAAACCGCGACCUUCUACCGCCAUCUGGCGCUGCAGUCCGCCCCCAACCCGCCGGCCCCAGCCCUGACCCUCCCACCCCCGUCCAUCCGCCCACUGACAGGCGCAUACGACCGCCCCAGCCCCAUAGAUGACGAGACGCACCGCCGCCGCGCGCUCAUCCCACGGGGAUACAGUCACAGCCACAGCCACCGGGCGCAGCACCGGCACCGCGGCAACUACGCCGACAGCGUAGGUGGGUACGGGUCGUCGUCGGAGUUCAGCACAGCGGAGUCGUACUGCGUGUCGCCGAGCAGUCCGUUUCGGAACACGUUUACGCCGGUGAACACACCGCGCAGCUCGGAGGCCGUGUGUUCGCGGGUGUCGUCGCCGCGGCUGGCGCUGCCUGCGGCGGCGAACGUGCGUGUGCCCUCGCCCACGGAUGAGGGCAGUGACGAGGAGAGCGGGUCGAGCUCGUCGUCAUCGUCGCUGUACUCCGAGGUGGGGAGUAGCGUGGCGACGGAUUGUCUGUCGGAUUUGGACGAUGACGGGGACAAUGUGUGUCGCGGUAGCGAGGGCGAGAGAGACGGCGGGUUGCGCGCCACGUCCCAGUUCCGGUCUCAGUCGCGGGAGAACCUCACUGCCGCUGCUAGCAAGAGGAAGCGGACCGUCGAGAAGCGGUCGCACCAAAAACCAAGUGCAGUGGCGUUGUUUGCGCGCGAGGUCAAGGCUGCGCAUGCUUUGCUCAGUCUGCACAUGCAGGACGCAACUGCUAGUGACGAGGAGAUUCUGAGUGUAAUUCUUCCUCGCCGAUCUCUAGCGUAG